GCGCGCCGCCGCCCAGAAGCCGCGGGGCAGCGCGGAGCCGCCGUCCCGCACCCGCGCCGUCGCCAUGGUCCGCCCGGCGCGGGGGGCGGGGCGCGCAGAGCCCGUCAGUUCCUGGGGCGGGGACGGCGGCGGCCGCAGCUUAGCCAACAAUGGCAUCCACAAUGAAUCUGAAAGAAGUCACUAGCAACCAAAGUUCGUGGGAUACUUUACUUCCAGAUUUCCCUAAAGGACCACUUUGCAAAUACCGUAAUAAAGCUUCCUUUAACUGGAAGGAGAUGGCAGUGUUACUAAAUGGCGAAGAUAUCAUCCAGCUUAAGAACAAAAUAUUCUCUGCUCUGGAAAGUGAUCCUCUUUUUGCACGUCAUCCUGGAGAAGAUUUAUCCCGUGAAAAAUACCAGGAGCUCACAUUUCUGCGCUGUAAAAGGCUCUUUGAGUAUGAUUUUCUUACUCAGCAAGAGAUCUUAGAGAAUCCAUUAAAGAUGCUUAAUAUGGUCAUCUGUAUAGGAAUGUAUGAUUGGUCUCCUUCUCUGCAGUAUUUCUUACAUUGUGGCGUAUUUGCAGGUGCAAUUUUGAGUGCUCGUAAGAGAUUUGCAGACCUUUUAAAACAAGUUUAUAACAUGGAGAUUUUUGGAUGUUUUGCAUUGACUGAACUCAGCCAUGGAACCAAUACCAGGGGGAUACGGACUACUGCCACAUUUGAUCGUAGCACUCAGGAAUUUAUCAUCAAUACUCCUGACUUUGAAGCCGCAAAGUUCUGGGUUGGUAAUAUGGGGAAACAUGCCACUCAUGCAGUUGUGUACGCCCAGCUCUAUACUCCUGAUGGACAGUGCCAAGGAUUACAUUCCUUUGUUGUACAGAUUCGAGAUACAAAAACUCUCCUGCCAAUGCCAGGUGUGAUGGUAGGUGACAUAGGAAAGAAAAUUGGGCAGAAUGGCUUAGAUAAUGGAUUUGCCAUGUUCCACAAUGUCAGGAUACCUAAAGAAAACAUAGUGAAUGUAGCUGGAGAUGUCACAGCUGAGGGGAAGUACUCAAGUUCAAUCAAGGAUGUUAAAGAACGUUUUAGUGCAACUCUGGGAUCCUUGUCCACAGGCAGAAUUUUGAUCACGGCAAUCUCUGUGACCAAUUUAAAGCUUGCCUUAUCAAUAGCCAUUCGGUUCUCAGCAACUCGCCGUCAGUUUGGACCAACUGAUGAAGAAGAAAUACCUGUUCUUGAAUACCAAACACAGCAGUGGCGUCUUCUUCCUUAUCUGGCGGCCUCAUAUGCCUUAGAUUAUUUCUCCAAAUCUCUGUUUGAGAACUUCGUAGAAUUUUAUGCAGGCUUAUUGACAAAGCAAAAGAGUCAGAGACAGGCUGAUAUGGGACGUGAGAUUCAUGCCUUAUCUGCUGCCAGCAAACCACUGUCGUCUUGGACGGCUCAGCAUGCAGCCCAAGAGUGCAGAGAAGCUUGUGGAGGACAUGGUUACCUUGCUAUGAAUCGUCUGGGUGAAAUCCGAAAUGACAAUGAUCCAAACUGCACAUAUGAGGGAGAUAACAACGUCUUGCUUCAGCAAACCAGCAACUACUUAAUGAGCUGGAUGAAUUGCAUAAGAGAUAGAGCUCCUAUUGAAUCACCUUUUGGAACAAUAAACUUUUUGCAAGACUACAAUCAUAUCCUUGGCUGUAAAUUCACAGCCAUUAGUGUUGAAGGUUGCAUGGACUCCUCAGUUCCUUUAGCAGCAUAUAAGUGGCUGGUUUGCUACCUGCUCCAAGAAAGUGACCUAAAGCUGAGCAAGGAGAAGCAGUCUGGGCGAAGCGAUUUUGAGGCAAAAAACAACUGUCAGGUGUACUACUGUCAAUCAUUAGCCAUUGCUUUUAUUGAACAAGCAGUCUUACAAAGAUAUCAUGACUACACUCAUGAUCCCAGUAUACCAUCUACUCUGCAGCCAGUGCUUAAGAAUCUCAGUGCCCUGUAUGGACUCUGGUCUUUAAGUAAACAUCUGGCUGUGCUCUACCAAGGUGGCUAUGCUUCAGGUGAACGAGCUGGUAGAUUUAUUCAGAAUGCUAUUCUGGAGCUCUGCUUCAAGUUGAAAGACGACGCGGUUGCCCUGGUUGAUGUCUUUGCUCCUCCUGACUUCAUUCUCAACUCUCCCAUUGGUAAAGCUAGUGGAGAGCUCUGCAGAAACUGCAUAUCCUGUUCCAGUCCAAAGCUGUGGAUAAAUCCUACAGCCAGAAGCAUGGGGCAAUGGGAGAACAAUUUUCACAAAGUAUUUCUAUAGAAAAACUACCUUUCCCACCUGAAGAAGGAUGCCACCAUCCAGUCUUUGACAAGAUCAUAAAAAGGACGAAACACACAAGUGCCUACAACAAUGAGCAAGCAGCAGCACUGUUCUUCUCUCAGCACAAGAAUGUCACACAGAUGAGCUAUGCAACGUGGCAGAUGAAAACCAUGUAUUUAUUUCACAGCCAUCAGUUGCACUGAGUGUCGUUUACCCAAGACACAACCCAUCAGCACAGAUCCAGUCAGAGCCACUCUUUGGUCUCAAUAGUGGGCUCUGUUCCAGGACCGCCCUGCAAGAGGCACCAGGUGAUACUUGGGAGCUGAUGCAGUGCUGCCCUGCUGUACUCUACUUGAGCAGGAGAAAUCCACCGUUACUCUUCAUAAUCCAUUGCUGUCAUAGUGAAAGCACCUGUUCAAGAAGUCCCUCUCUAUGUUUUUUGGCUUACUUUUUUGUUUUGAGCUUCAUUUGGGGGUUGUUGACAGGGAGGGAGAAUCGAAGAAACUUUCACCUUUCUCUCUACCAGGGUGUCUCUUUGGACAAGCGAGGAUGUGGGCACGGUGUUACUUAGCCAUGUUGUGAUUUCUCCUCUGCGGUGUCCAUUUUUCUGAUGUCCCCUCAUUAUGCUUCUGCUCUAAGGUCAGUUUCACAGCAAAAGUUGGAGUGUUUGCAGUUUUAUUUCUGUUGCCAGGCUUCCUGUUCAUUGUGGGAGGAUUCCAUAUGCAACCAGAGGAUGAUUUUCCUCUGUAUUAAGAAAUAGUCCUGGCACUAACCUAUUUGAGUCAUCUUUCUGUUUGCUUAACUUCUCUCAUAAUAAUAUUAUCCAAAACUUGAUUCACUGGCUAAUCUCACAAGACAGGAUUUUAGAUGCUUAAAGAAAAAAAAAUCACUUAUUGUUUUUUUUCAUUUUGACCUAAGAAAGCUCAGAGUUGAAAGAAUCGUGUUGUAUUUUGUUUCAGUUAAGUAAGGAGAAAAAGCCUGUAUAGAAAGGGACAUUCCUUAGCUGUUCAGUUUACAACAUGAUCAAUUAUUGUCUGUUUUAUUUAGGAAGAAAGUGGCAGCAUCAUCAUUAGUAGCGAGAUGUGUCUUAGCGCUUCUCAGAACUAUCAUGUUACCUCAGAAUUACCAGAGAUAAUUCUCUCAUAUGUAUUCAAAUUCCCAUUCAGGAAUGCAGUAAUAGUUUGAGAAAAAGAAUUAAAAGGUCCAAGUUAGUCUCAUUCAUAGAUGUUCCUGCUUCAUAAAAAUCAAGGUGAUUCAAGAUGUCACCUGGUCAAAAGCUGUUCUUCAAGACAAGGUUAAUUCUAUCAGCGUUAGUUCUUAAGCCUGACAUUUUCUUGAAUACAGAUUCACUUUUAAAUUGUAAAUGACAUAGCGGAACGGGCAAGCAUAGCUAUUAUUCUAGAAAUCUCGUAUUUUUUCAUUGCAUGUUUUUGUGGAUAUUGGUGGAGAUAGAACGAGGGUUUACUGUGAUGUAUGAGAGAUGAAAUCACAGACCAGGGUCCUGUCAUCCUAAGUGCUACACAAAGCUCUCCUAAAUAUACCUCCAAACCUCUGCAACUUAAAUAGAAGACAAGAAAUAAUGCACUAUAAACAAAUAAUUAUGUCAGUGCUGGAAAGCACUACGUGCAACAAUCUCAGUGUUCCAGUUGUCAUUUUUAGCCAAAUUAUUUAUAAAUAUUGUGUCAGGAGAAUUUAAGGGUGAGAUGUAAAAGAAACUAAUGGGAAGCUUGUCCGGAAAUUUUCUGAUUUGGAAAUAGGAGAAAAUAGGUAGCCAGCACUUGGCAUCAAGGAUGGUAUCAUGGAGGCUGGAGUAAAUAUUCUAUCAGUGACCAAAAGAUUUCAAAAUUAGGAUUAGCUAUGAUGAGUCUUGAGAGUAAAGGUCUAGAACUUACACUUAAUUUAAUAUCAAAGCCAGUGGAAAGACAUAGAAAUCGAGGGAUGGUACCAAGGUCCUGUGCUAAGAGACAAUGUAAAUGAUCUCUUGUGAAAAUAAGGACAGAGGUACAUUUACCAAGGGCAGAGAAAAGGGAAUAAUGGGUACAUAGUUUUAUGAGUCUCUGUUUAUAUCUGUCUGUAUGAGAGAGGGGGAAGUCAAUAGUUUUUGCAGAGAACCCAAAGGAGUUUUAAGAUUUAGAGAUAUCUUGGACAUAAGGACCAGACUGACUGACAGUAAGUUUUCAUCUGCAGUAGAAAUUUCCGCUUAAACUGUUAAGUAAUUACAUCUGUGGCAGUUCUUGUUCAGUUAUUUUUUGCUUCCAUAUGUAUCUAGGCAACACCUGGAAUAAUGUUAUUCUCUAAAAACUCCAAAAAUCCAGUGGUUCAUUGCAGCAUGUUGCAAGAUUUUCAUUUUUAAAGAUACAGAUUGCAUAUACAAUUACACAAUUAUUUACAAAUCUCAAUCCAUGCAUCUGCGUUCAGAUGCAAAAAAACCUUGCAAUUUUUAAGCAGGCUUUGUCAAAUAGUUUUCCCUCUGCCUAUUACUUCUUUCUGUCAGAAUUCAUCCAGAAUCAUAGAAUCAUAGAAUAGUUAGGGUUGGAAGGGACUUUAAAGAUCGUCCAUUUCCAACCCCCCUGCCAUGGGCAGGGACAUCCCACUGGAUCAGGCUGCCCAAGGCCCCAUCCAACCUGGCCUUGAACACCUCCAGGGAUGGGGCAGCCACAACUUUCCUGAACAACCCGUGCCAGUGUCUCACCACUCUCAUGGUGAAGAAAUUCUUCCUUAUAUCAAGCCUAAAUCUGCUUGCCUAAAUCCCUCCAGUCUGUACCCAUUCCCGCUUGUCCUAUCCCCACAAGCCUUUAUGAAUAGCCCCUCUCCAGCUUUCUUGUAGCCCCUUUCAGUUACUGGAAGGUCGCUAUAAGAUCUCCUCAGAGCCUUCUCUUCUCCAGGCUGAACAACCCCAACUGUCUCAGCCUGUCCUUGCAGGGAAGGUGCUCCGGCCCUCCGAUCAUCUUUGUACCCCUCCUCUGGACCCAUUCCAAGAGUUCCAUAUCCUUCUUAUGUUGAGGAUUCUAGAACUGGACACAAUACUCCACAUGAGGCCUCACAAGAGAGGAAUAGAGGGGCAGAAUCACCACCCUCGACCUGCUGGCCAGAUGUGAAUGCAUAAUUUUUUUUUAACAAGGAGUCAUAACAUUACCACAGUAAUCAACUCCUUAUGAAAUCAUUAUGAAAGGAAAAGAGAUAAUAAGGGACUAUUUAUGAUAUGGUAUGUUAAUUAGAAUUAUAAUGAAAGUGAAUAAGACUGUUAUCUCAAGAAUUAUCCUGUAAAAUGUAGGAGAGGGAAUUCUAUUAUUACAUUCAAGAAUUGCAGAAGAAUGCAAGCGUAUUUUACUUUUUAAGUUUAUGAAAAAUAAUGGACAAUCCCAUUUGUCUAAUAUAGUUGCAGUUAUAUUUUUGAAUAGUAAAGCCACGUAGAGAAAUUGCUGUUAGUUUAACAAAUGCAUCUCACAAAAGAUAUUAUCAUUUUAAUUACCUCAAGAUGUUUAGAGCUGUUUGAUUUUAAUUAAAAAUCAAAGGACCUAAGAGCAGUGGUAUGCCUGAAUAGUGCAGGGAAAUAAUUUGCUGAUCUGUGGUUGCUAUGAGAAUAUUAAGAACUAUAGAUUGUCUGCGGAUUAAUUUACAGCUAUGUAAAAUAAAAAUACAUUGAAAAUCUUGACAUUUUAAUGCAAACUCCAUUUCAAUGCAUACACAUUUCAGCAUGUUGUAAAUAAUUACAUUCUACUAUUUCCGCACUUCGAAGGCAAACUCUGUUUAAAGCCUUUCUUUGCUAUGUAGUAUAUGAAUAUCCCUACAGAGCGCACCUACACAAACUGUGCCAUGUCUCAUGCAGCUAACAGGGCAUGUCUGUGGUAAAGCAAGCAAGUCAACGCUUAAACCACCAAAAAAUCCCAACUCUGAAUAGUCUAUAGUGAGCAGUGGCCCUUGAGCCAAAGAUUUUCAGCUUAUGAAGGGUCCAGGGAAUUUAAGAAGAAGUGACCAGACCCUGUUGCGUAGAAACCUGUUUCUGCGGCACCAGGAUUACGCACUGGCCCACCCUGUGUGCACAGGAACCUGGGGGGGCAGAAGACCCAGGACAACAGCUCCAUGAAAACAGUACUUCGUUAUCCUCUAGCUGAGCCAUUGCAUACAGUCAGACCACAUUCACUAAUCACCUGCUAUAUAAUACAGCUGGCCUUACAGUCUGGGAAAUGUCUUCUUUCUUUCUUUCUCCUCAAACUUCAUGAAGUAUGAGAGUGAUGGAGUGUAAAACUGGUUAAAUCUGGCAAAGAUCACAGGUUUGGGUUUAAUGGCUUGCACUUCGGAAGAGUCACAAGGAGAGUACUAAGAAGACAAGCAGUUCUUUUCCUCAUCGAAGCAUAAAGCAUAAGGCAUGGCCUGAACCCAGCGUUUCCGACCAUGUGGUUUGACAGCACCUGCCCACCCCCAGCGGUCCAGACAAGAAGAGCAACUGUGGAAGCUUGGGCUGAAACAUCUGCACAUCGCUCCAUAAACACAGCUUACCAUAUGGUACCAAAUUACUGAAGCAGCCUGUGACUCAAGAGGAGGACUUCUGAUGAAAAUAAAGGAAGAGUGUAUGUGAAAACCCUCAUUAUCUAUCCUGCAGUGUGACUGGGAGAAAAUUUAUAAUUUAUGCAGCAAUGUAACAGCUGACACAGCUGUUUUCUUU